CACCAAUUAAAUUCGUGUAGUUACAUAAAAAAUUUACUUGUUUUCAACCACACCACAUAAAAAUAUUUAUUCUUAUUUCAAAAAAAUACUCUUAUUUCAAAAACUUACAUAUCCUCAACCCUGGCCUCGUCCCACUUCACUCCGGCCAGCAUGAAUUCUCCGGCAACACCCCCACCAGCGUCUUCCACCCUAUUCUUCACCCCACCAAAACCACCACUCCACCUCAAAUGCAACUACCAACCAACAAACAAAACCAAAACCAAAAUCAUCCACAAUUUCACCAACAAAAUCAAAACCCAAAAAAUCCAAACUCUAACAGACUUCAACCACCUCUUCAUGAACAUGGUAUCAGCAAACGAACUCGAUCUCGCCUACAAAUUCUACUCCAAUUUACCACAUUACAACUUAUCCGCAAACAAUUUAACUUUAUCCAUACUUAUUAACUGUUACUGCAAGCGAAACGAACCCUUUGAAGCUCUAAAAGUGUUGCAACACAUGAUAGAUAACACUUUUACAAACCCUAAUGUCAAAACAUUCACUCAGGUUAUUAACUCCUUUUGCAGAAAAGGUAGAUUAAGUGAUGCAUAUAAGGUGUUUGAUAAAAUGCUUGAGUUGAAAUGUGACCCCACCAUUAAUACUUAUAAUUGUUUGUUGAAAGGGUUGUGUUAUGUGGGGAGAGUUGAAGAGGCUUAUGAGUUGUUGGUGAGACUUAAGACGGGCGAUACUGAUGGGUUAAGGCCGGAUGUGUAUAGUUUUACUGCGGUGAUGGAUGGGUUUUGUAAAGUGGGUAGGACGGAUGAGGCGUUGGAGUUGCUUGAUGAGGCGGUUGAGAUGGGGUUGGAGCCAAGUAUCGUGAGUUAUAAUACUGUUUUUAAUGGGUAUUUUAAGGAGGGUAGGCCGUUGGAGGGGUUUGGUUUGUUGGAGAGGAUGAAAGAACGAGGGUGUGCUCCCGAUUGUGUCAGUUAUAGUACUUUGUUGCAUGGGUUGUUGCAAUGGGGGGAGGUUAGGGCGGCGGUUAAGGUUUGUAAUGAGAUGUUGGAGCUGGGGUUUGAGGUUGAUGAGAGGAUGAUGAAUACUUUGUUGAGAGGGUUGUGUAGGAGAUCAAGGAAGGAAAAGGAGUUGUUGAAAGAUGCGUACCAACUGUUUGAUGAAAUGUCGAAGAGAGGUUGUGGUGUUGAUCCUUGUGGUUUAGAGCUUAUGAUUGAAGCUUUUUGUAAUGGGAAUGAGGUGGACAAGGCUUUUGUGAAUUUGUGUGAGAUGGUGAAGUUGGGUUUGGUUCCGAGAGUGUUUACAUUGAGUAUCGUGGUUAGGGGACUUUGUGUUGAGGGGAAGAUUGAAGAAGCGAUGUCGGUUUUGGUGUUGGUUUGUAGGGGGAGAAGUGAAAUGUUUGAAAGGGUCACUUUUGAUGUUUUGAUUAAUGAGAUGAAUCGACGGGGCAUGGUAACGCAUGCCAGUUGUGUAUAUUGCGUUGCGCUGAAAAAUGGUGUGAUCCCGCUUAGGAAGCCUAGAUGAUGAAUUUGUGUAUGAUCUGUAACUUUAAAAGUUCGGCCCUUGUAAAAUUCGGUUGUAGCAUGAGAUGUUUUUUUUUUUUUUUUUUUUUUAACAGAAGUUGAUUUAUAAAGCUAGUG